CUCUCGGCCAGGCCCGCGCCGGUCCGAAUGCGCAGCAAUUGUGCAAGAACAACAAGAGGACGAUGUUCCCGCACGAGGAGUACUGCGACUACUACUACGAGUGCAUCAACGGCGAGGCCGUCGUUCAGACCUGCCCCAACGGACUUGCCUUUGCCGGACAACAGAAGGGCCUGGCAUCGAAUUGCGACUACCCGCACAGAAUUGGCUGCCCCGAUGGCACCCGAGUGAUGGGCCAGCAACCGAUCACCGUUGAGAACUGCCAGUGGCAGUACGGCGUCUUCCCACACGCCACCUCCUGCACUCGAUACUGGCACUGCUGGAACGGCACCGCCACCAUUCAGCAGUGUCCCUUCUCGCUGCUGUACAAUGACGCCGUGCACGCCUGCGACUGGCCCGACAAUGUGCCCGACUGUCAGAAGCAUCCCAUCUGCAGUGCCGCACCCAACGGCGCCGUGCCCAUUGAGAAGAGCUGCGUCCGAUACUGGCUCUGCGUGGGUGGAUAUCCACGACUUCAGAGGUGCCCAGCUGGCCUUGCGCUGAACACGAACAGUCUGAAGUGCGAACUGGCGUCCAGUGUGCCCGGCUGUGAGCCACCACCGACGACCCCGUCUCCUGAUGAUGAUGACGACCAACCGUCUUCCGGUGGCAACAAGCCCUCAGAGUCCUCUUCAGGAGGCCAAAACUCUCGCAAUCAGCCGCAGUCCUCCGGCGGCAACAGCGGCAGCGGUGGUCUGCCCCAGCAGUUCAGACCAUCUCAG